UUAGGCAGACAAAAAGGAAUGUAGAACCGGAAAAGCCUCAUCACUUUAUUGCAUUGUUCAAUAGUUACAUCUCUAGAACCUCGCCUCCAUAUUAAACUUCACAUUUUCACACCGCAAGGAGUUCAGUUUCAAUAACUCGGAUACAUUUGCUCGUGCAUUGAUUCGUUAUAAAAUCGAACCGAACUAUGAGCUUCAAUAGCGCUGCAGGGGUUACAGAAUGUGUUAUAAACACUUGUUUCUUACCAUACAUAGGUGGCCAAUCAUCUCGGACAACGUAUGAGUUUGGAAGGACUCAUGUCAUCAGGCCAAAAGGGAGGCAUCAAGCAACAAUAAUUUGGCUGCACGAUCUUGGUGAUAAAGGGUCGAGCUGGUCUCAGCAAUUGGAAAACCUUCCUCUUCCGAAUGUAAAGUGGAUAUGCCCAACUGCUCCGACUCGUCCAGUUUCUUUAUUUGGGGGAUUUCCUUGCACAGCUUGGUUCGAUGCACAGGAUCUUUCAGAGGAUGCACCCGACGAUUUACAAGGAUUAGAUGCAUCAGCAGCACAUGUUGCUAAUCUCCUAUCAACAGAGCCUGCCAACAUCAAACUUGGUAUUGCUGGCUUCAGUAUGGGUGCUGCAACUGCUCUUUACUCUGCCACAUGCCACAUUUUUGGUCAAUACUCAAAUAGAAACCCGUACUUAGUUAACUUGAGCUGUGUUAUCGGCCUCAGCGGCUGGCUUCCAUGUUCCAGGAUGUUAAGGAACCGAAUUGAAAGGUCUAAUGAGGCAGUUAGUCGUGCAGCAUCAUUGCCCAUUUUGCUUUGUCAUGGAUCUGGGGAUGACGUUGUGGCUUACAAACACGGAGAAAACUCUGCACGUACAUUAAGUUUAGCUGGAUUCCAAAACCUAAUGUUUAGAUCAUAUGGAGGGCUCGGGCAUUACACCACCCAGGAAGAGAUGGAUGAAGUUUGUCUCUGGUUAGCUGCUCGAUUGGGGCUUCAGGGAUCGUAAACUGAGAAAUCCGUGAGGCGGUUUGGGGGUAUACGUGAGAAGAAAUCAAAAUAAAACAUUAGUAGCUAUGACAGGUUGAAGAAGUAAUAGGAUAGAAAUACUGUGUAAAAUAACAUUGUGUUUUCCUGGUGGUGGCAUUGUGACUUUUAUGUUUGAGAUAAAACUUUUUGCUCAUUCCCAUCCAAAAGUAUUUAUAUUUUUGCUUUUUCUGUACCUUUUAUGACUCUGAGUUAAUAAUGCAUUUUGCCUUCUAGUAA